CCGCUGCCGCUGCGUAUGGACCGCAGAUAAUCGAUUACGAUCGGACAUAUUGAUCUGCAGUGACUCACAGACUGCAGUGUGUGAUGUUUUCAAGGGACUUCACUGAUAUUUCAGAAACUGAGGUUGUUCUCUGCAGACUCAUGGCGACAGCAGACACAAAGCUGGGAGGAUCCGAGGAGUCCAGUUUGGAUUCAGUGAGGCGGUCGGAGGAGUCGAAGCUGAGCUCCUGGGAGUCGGAGCUGCCCUCCCUCCAGCACUCCCUGAAGUUUGUGCUGGAGCUGAAGGAGGAGUUUGUGUGUCCGAUCUGCAGAGGAGUGGUCCUGAACCCCCAGCAGAACUCCUGCGGACACAUCUUCUGCCUCCUCUGCCUCCAACGCCUGCUAGAGAGUUCAUCUCCGUCCAGCCCAGUUUGUCCCGUGGACGCAGCUGUGAUCACACCAUCUGAGGUUUUCCAGGAUAACUGCUGCAAAAGAGAAAUCGCCUGUUUAGACGUGUACUGCACCAACUCCCCAGAAUGCACCUCUGUCGUCACAUUACGCCACCUGCAGGAGCACCUGAGGUCGUGUCAGUUUGAGACGCUGCCAUGCUGCAACCCAGGCUGCAGGGCGGCGCUGCAGAGGAGAGAGCUGCAGGAGCACCUGAGCCUCACCUGUGCUCACCGCCUGGAGCCCUGCACACACUGCCAGCAGCCGCAGAGACUCAGCCUCCUCCAGGAUCACGUGCAGAGCUCCUGUCCUCAGGUGGAGGUGGACUGUCCCUACAGCUGCUCCCUGAAGGUUCCCAGACACAUGCUGACGGAGCACAGAGACUCGUGUCCUGAGCUCCACGUCGAAUGCUCCUAUCAGAGGCUGGGCUGCUCGGUGCAGCUGUGUUUCCUGCAGGGUAAGAGAGGCAGAGUGAAGCUGCACGAAGACUCUGCCGUCAGCCAUCACAUGCUGCUCGUCCUGAGGAGCAACACACACCUGGAGCAACAGGUGGAGGUUCUCCAGGAGACGGCGCUGCUGAGGCAGAACGAGCUGCAGACGGACAGCUUGCUGCUCGCUGGCCUGCAGAAGCAAAUCAGACCGCUGCUGCAACACAACAGCAGCCAGGAACACAUCGUCUCUGCAGCGCAGAGGACGCUGAGCAGGCAGGAGGACGUCCUCUCCACGCUGCAGCUGGACGUGCAGCAGAUAUCUCGGGGUCUAGGUUCUGGUCUGCAGGAGCUGGAGGACCUCAGGAAGUCUCUGGAUGCUGUGAUUCAGGAAGUGUCUGCAGCCGAGGCCCUCAGAGAACACCUGGGGACGUUGGAGGAGAAGAUGAAGCGUCACUCGGGCCUCCUGGAUAUCCACGCCACUCAGCUCAGAACCCACAGCGAGCACCUGCAGGAGCUCGAAGCCACUUCAAACGACGGAAAACUCAUCUGGAAGAUCGAGGACUUCAGGAACAAGAGGGAAUCCGAGGUCAAAGGUCAUCCGCCCUGCCUGAGCAGCGUGCCGUUCCACACCGGACCGUGCGGAUACAAAAUGGCCUCCAAGGUCUAUCUGAACGGGGACGGGGAGGGAAGAGGGACUCACCUUUCUCUUUAUGUGGUCCUGAUGGUGGGAGACUUUGACGCUCUGCUGCCGUGGCCUUUCAGACAAACCGUGGCUCUGUCGGUUUUGGAUCAAAGCGGUGCCGGAAACCAUCAAAGUCUGAGCUUCAAACCCGAUCUGACGUCCAAAAGCUUCCAGCGACCGACAGACGAGAAGGCCGGUAACGUCGCUGUUGGAUUCUCCUGCUUCAUUCCGCUCAUCAAGCUGGAAGAGCCUCAAAAUGCUACGUAUGUCAAAGAGGACACGAUGUUUGUUAAAGUGAAGGUGGACAUGGUGGGUUUAGAGCAGCUGUAGUCGUUCGGCGCUAGUUACCGUGUGAACGAUUAGUUUUUAUAAUUUACUGUUGCGCCCUCUGGUGGUCAUAACUAAUGCAAUUUUCACUGAUUGUUUUAUUUUUCUACAGAAAAGUGUUAUUUAAAGUAUUAGUUUGACAUUUCAGGAAAUGUUAUCUUUCUUUCUGACGGAUUGAUACACCUCUUUUUGCCAACAAUUGUAAACUAUUCCUCUAAGCUUUAGGAUCAUUUCAGGGAUCGUCUAGAGGUCCAGCACCCACACAAACUGUGGUAACUCAUCAUUUAUUUAAUGUCCGUUAUCUUCAAAUCAUGAAUUUGUUGUCUGUGAAAAACUAUUGCUCAGACGAGGUUAUUUAAAUCCAUCUUCCACAUGAUCAGGACAUCUGCAGAUAUUUGGUAUCGGUCAGGACUUAAAAGUGUCUUUGUUCUGAGAACCAGGAGAAUAUUCAACACAGACAUUUAUCAUCAGUACUGUGUAUUAUCUCAAACGAAUAGUUAAGAAAUUCUCUUUUGGGAACAUUUGUCAUAUAAAGAAAGUGAGAUGAGAUGUUAGUGUGGCAGCUAAUGUAUUAUUCAAGAAGACUGAUUGAUUUUUGUUGUUGUUGUAUGCAAUAGAACUGGUUGAUUAAACUGAACACGGUCAAAG